AUGGAUUCAGCAAGCUGUGGACCUUCGAAUGCUAUUCAAAAUUUAAACAAACAUACUCAAAGAGAUACAUCUCUACAACACCAAAGAUUACAACAAGCCACUGGUGGUUCUUCAGUUCAACAGUUUCGUCAAGGGAAGCAACACAUUGAUCCAAGAUUAAAUAAUGAGUUCCAACAAUUCAAUAGUGGUGGCGAUUUUGCCAGUUCAUUUAUGAAUCAAAUGCACAUACAACCUAAAGUUCAACAUCAUCACCCAGUGCAACAACAACAACAACAAAACGGCGGAUGGGUUAACGAUUUUUCUAAUUUAUCGAUCCAACAAACACCACAAGCUAAAUCCGAUUGGCAGCAACAGUUUAUGCAACAGAAUCAAAAUGUCACUCAUCAUCAUCAACAUCAACAUCAACCACAGGUGCAGCAGUCAAAUUUUCAACAAAUGACACCAAAUUAUGCUUUGGGUAACAGUUAUCAAAUGAGAAGUAAUGUCGUUCCCAUAGCAGCUCCAGUAUUUCAGAACCAAUCAGAACAUCAACAGAGCCAUAAAUUAGAAGAAGAACAACGUCGGUUUGAAAAUGAAUUUGCGUUAAUUGAAAAACAUUUGGCAGCCGAGCAACAACAACAACAGCAGGAAGAAGUAGUUACUCAGGAAGUCGAUAUCGAUAAUAUAGCCAAGGAGAAGUUUGCUGAGACUGCAAGAUUGGUGGAAGAUACAAUCAAGUCUAAGACUUAUGAUGAUUUUGAAAUGAAAAAGAAGUUUGAAAACUCACAAUUUUUGAAAUUGAUGUCAUCCAUUGGGAAUAGAAAAGUAGAGUUGGAAGGGGAUAAAUUGGUAACUUCUGACUCAAAAGAAGAUAUUAGAGAGAAGGGAAUCCCUGAAUCCGAGGCACAAACUGCAUUUGCGUCACAUCAAGAACUGCACCAACAGGCAACUUUAAAUAACCCAGAUUAUCAUCAGCCAAUGUUUGACCAAACGCCUGAAAGCUCACGUGAUCCCACAGGGAGAGCUGGUGUUAAUGUUGCACAGCAGCCUGUUCAAGAUACCGCGGCAGAACAAGAGAACCCACAAGAAAACAGAUUGCCUGAUCCAUUAGCUCAUAUUCAAGAUGGUCAAUUAAGUGAUAUUAAUGAUCCAUUAACUGCCGCCAAAGUAAUUAGUGGAGGUCAGGUACAGACUAAAGAUUGGAUAGAAGAUUUUGACAAUGAACCUGAAAUCAAGCAACAAAGUGCACAUAAUGAAAGACCAUUUAGAAAAGGUCAAAUUGUCGAUCACCAUUGGGAUGAAAUGUACCAUGAUUACAGACAUGAUGAUGAUUAUUAUUAG